AUGAAUAGGCAGAGCGGUGUGAAUGCGGGGGUACAGAACAACCCACCAUCCCGAGUGGUGUAUCUGGGUUCUAUACCAUACGAUCAAACAGAGGAGCAGAUACUUGAUUUAUGUAGUAAUGUUGGGCCCGUGAUCAAUUUGAAAAUGAUGUUCGACCCCCAAACUGGUAGGUCGAAAGGGUACGCGUUUAUUGAAUUUAGAGAUUUAGAGUCCAGUGCCAGCGCAGUACGUAAUUUGAAUGGAUACCAAUUAGGCUCUAGGUUUUUGAAAUGCGGUUACUCCAGCAAUAGUGAUAUAUCGGGAGUUUCACAACAGCAACAACAACAGUACAACAACAUUAAUGGGAACAAUAACAACAAUGGAAAUAAUAAUAAUAAUAGUAAUGGGCCGGACUUUCAAAACAGCGGAAAUGCCAAUUUUCUAAGUCAAAAGUUUCCAGAAUUGCCCUCUGGUAUCGACGUUAACAUAAACAUGACCACCCCUGCUAUGAUGAUAUCGAGCGAACUAGCUAAAAAACCGAAAGAGGUGCAGUUGAAAUUUUUACAAAAAUUCCAAGAAUGGACAAGAGCGCAUCCUGAAGAUGCUGUUUCGCUAUUAGAGCUGUGUCCACAGUUGAGUUUUGUUACGGCUGAAUUAUUGCUAACGAAUGGGAUAUGUAAAGUGGAUGAUUUGAUCCCGUUAGCUUCCAGGCCGCAAGAAGAGGCAUCGGCUACGAAUAACAAUAGCGUGAACGAGGUGGUGGAUCCAGCUGUGCUUAACAAACAGAAAGAACUACUGAAACAGGUGUUACAACUGAAUGACAGUCAAAUUUCUAUCUUGCCCGAUGAUGAAAGGAUGGCUAUUUGGGACUUAAAACAAAAAGCAUUAAGGGGAGAAUUUGGUGCAUUUUGA